AUGUCCAGCCGACGAAACAGUCUGUCGCCUCCGGAGCGCACCCAUACGGAGGAUCCAGGGGCUCAUGAUCUGACAGAUUCCGAGUCCGACGACCACUUCUCCGAUGCCCACUCGCUUCCCGCCGAGUCGUCGCGGGCCUCGCCUAUACCACGGACGCGGGUCGAGAAGGUCAGCGACGAGCCCUCGUAUGGCGAGGUUCCUGGCACCGAUGCCUACCGCCUACGGGAGGGGGACGCUGAGCCUGACGAGAUCGCCAUGAUUGCUGAUGCAGAUGGCGGCGCAAGCGACGGCUCUGCUACUACACACCUGCCGGAUCGCCCAAGCACGCCCGGCGGCAAGCCCAUUCCCACGACGUUGGUGGAGGAGACGGCCGACGGUGACGGUGCCAAGACGGCCGACGGGAAGAAGCACGAGUCUGAUCCCGUGCCGGACUUGGUCGUGAAGGCGGACGGAACGCUGAACUUCGCUGGCAAUACUGGUACAGCGGCUGCAGCAGACGCUGCGGAGGACGCCGAAGAGGAUGGUGGGGACAAAGGCGAAGACGAUGGUUUUGGCGAUGACUUUGACGAAUUUGAAGAGGGCGGUGGGGACGACGAGGACUUUGGAGAAUUUGAUGACGGCUUUCAAGAACCGCCUCCAGCAGCAGCAGCACCACCACUACCAAAGCAAGCUCCAGCACAGCCUGCGCAAUCUGCACCACCAGCAUUACCGUUUCCCAUUCCCGACUUUGAGGAGCUCGAUGCAGACGACAUCCUUAAGACCACCGCUCCCUACUUGAACGGUCUCUUCCAACCAGACGACGCCCUCCCCACCCCGCCACAACUGAGCAACUCGAUUUUCUUGACGCCACGAAGCGCGUCUCUCUGGUCACAGCUUGUGGCCCCACCACCGUUGCAGCCGCCGGACUGGAUCCGAAGCCGCAUCCGGCGCCUCUUUUUGGUUAGCCUGGGCGUGCCCGUCGACCUAGACGAGAUUUUGCCUGCUUCCAAACAAAAGAAGCUCAUACUGCCGUCGCUUUCUGUCCGCCGCACCGACUCACCGCGUACAUCGUCCGACAGUCGGUCGAACACUGGCGCCAAAGACGGGUCUUCCGCGGCUGCUAACAACAGCGUGGCAAGGCUGAAGCAGCCGGGAGCCAACGGGUCCAAUUCGAGUGUCGACUCGCAAGGAAAGCCCUCGUCGUCCUCGCGUAAGCGGAAAGGGCCACCACCGCCACCCGAUUUGGAUCUUGUGGCUGGUCAGCAACUGUGCAGGACGACGGACGAGGCUCUGGACGGGAUGACAGACGACGAGCUCAGGGCACAUGCACAGCGGCUGGCGUCAUUGGAGGUGGCUGCUAAUGAGGUGCUAGAGUACUGGACGAAGCGGACCGACGAGAAGAUUGGCGACCGCGAAGCGUUUGAGGGCGUGAUAGAGAGCCUGGUUGCACACGCCCGGAAGACGCGCAAGUGA